AAGCUGAGCGCAGCUGCUGCCUAUAGCGCUGCUGUUCACUUAGUACACACAUACAGAGUUACUGAGUGUGACACACUCACCCACCCACACGGUCACUCCGGGACUCCCCAGAGUGAUCUCUGCCUCCUUCACACACUCACGCGCUCAGACUCACGCACAAGCACGCAGGCAGUGAGCAGAUAGCUUCUCGCCUGCAGUUGGCACUCUCAUUUCCCUGUACCAGCUUCGCAGCGCGGAUGGCAUCUACGGGCUCUGGCUUCUGGUCCUUCGGGUCCGAAGAUGGCUCCGGAGACCCGGAGAACCCUAGCACAGCAAGAGCCUGGUGCCAGGUUGCCCAGAAGUUCACCGGAGGCAUUGGAAACAAACUCUGUGCCUUGCUGUAUGGAGACGCGGAAAAGCCGAUGGAAACCGGCAGCGAGAAGGAGACUCAGGGAUCAACGGAUAAAAAGACUGUCUGUACUUGCAAUCAGAAACCCUGUAGCUGCCCCAAAAUGGAUCUCAAUUACGCGUGUUUACACUCAACCGAUCUGUUGCCAGCAUGUAACGGAGAAGUGGCCACUUUGUCUUUUCUCCAAGAUGUAAUGGACAUUUUACUUCAGUAUGUGGUGAAGAGUUUCGAUAGAUCAACCAAGGUGAUUGAUUUCCAUUACCCGAAUGAGCUUCUUCAAGAAUACACAUUGGGAACUGGCAGUCAGCCCCAGACCCUGGAGAAUAUUUUGUCCAACUGCAGAACAACUCUAAAAUACGCCAUCAAAACAGGUCAUCCUAGAUAUUUCAAUCAGCUUUCUACUGGAUUGGAUAUGGUUGGAUUAGCAGCAGACUGGCUGACAUCAACAGCAAAUACUAAUAUGUUCACCUAUGAAAUUGCUCCAGUUUUUGUACUGUUGGAAUAUGUCACAUUAAGGAAAAUGAGAGAAAUUAUUGGCUGGCCUGGGGGCAGUGGAGAUGGGAUCUUUUCACCUGGUGGUGCCAUAUCUAACAUGUAUGCUAUGUUGAUUGCACGUUUCAAGAUGUUUCCAGAAGUCAAAGAGAAAGGAAUGGCAGCUAUUCCCAGACUGGUUGCCUUCACAUCUGAGCAUAGUCACUUUUCAGUAAAGAAGGGAGCUGCAGCCUUGGGGAUUGGAACAGACAGUGUGAUUCUGAUCAAAUGUGAUGAAAGAGGGAAAAUGAUCCCAUCUGAUCUGGAGAGAAGAAUCGUUGAAGCCAAACAGAAAGGAUUUGUUCCUUUCCUUGUGAGUGCCACUGCAGGAACCACAGUAUAUGGCGCAUUUGAUCCCCUUAUAGCUGUUGCUGAAAUCUGCAAGAAAUAUAAGAUCUGGAUGCAUGUGGACGCAGCUUGGGGUGGCGGACUACUGAUGUCCCAGAAACAUAAAUGGAAGCUUAAUGGUGUGGAAAGGGCCAACUCCGUGACAUGGAACCCUCACAAGAUGAUGGGCGUUCCUUUGCAGUGCUCAGCUCUGCUGGUUAGAGAAGAGGGGUUGAUGCAGAGCUGCAACCAGAUGCAUGCUUCGUACCUCUUUCAACAAGAUAAACACUAUGACUUGUCUUACGAUACUGGAGACAAGGCUUUACAGUGUGGGCGCCAUGUUGAUGUUUUCAAAUUAUGGCUAAUGUGGAGGGCAAAGGGGACCGCCGGAUUUGAAGCACAGAUUGACAAGUGUUUGGAGCUGGCAGAGUAUUUAUACAAUCUUAUAAAAAACAGAGAAGGCUAUGAAAUGGUAUUUGAUGGAAAGCCUCAGCACACAAAUGUCUGCUUCUGGUAUAUCCCCCCAAGUUUGCGGCACUUGGAAAACAAGGAAGAAAGAAUGAGUCGCCUCUUAAAGGUUGCCCCUGUGAUUAAAGCCAGAAUGAUGGAGUAUGGAACCACAAUGGUCAGCUACCAACCCUUGGGAGAUAAAGUCAAUUUCUUUCGCAUGGUCAUCUCAAAUCCAGCAGCAACUCAUCAAGACAUUGAUUUCCUGAUUGAGGAAAUAGAACGCCUUGGACAGGAUUUAUAAUCAUCCAGUCAACCAAGCUAUCCCAGCUCUCUAGCUAGACAAUUAAGUUGUCACAAACUGUGUGAAUGUAUUUGUAGUUUGUUCCAAAGUGAACCUAUUUCUAUAUUGUGGUGUCAAUGUAGAGUACAGUUUAAAAAACCAGGAAACAUUGCUCCUUUUAAAAGUCCUUCCUUAAGUUUGAGGAUGAAUACCUCUUUCAUAAUUAGCAGUACAAUUAAUAAGGAAAAGCUGAAAACUGUUCAAAAUGGUUCCCCCAAUUCCAGGAAAGUGAGCAAAGUUAGUAUGUAUUUUCGUUUCAGAGUAGUAGGGUUGAAUGGUGCCAAAUUUGCCCCCCAAGACUCAAAAUAUUCUUUGGGGUGCAGUAGGGAAAAAAGAUAACGCAAAUAUAAAAUGUAUGUUGAAAAUUAAAACUCUUGCCUUUUUCAUAGUAUUAGAAAAGAAUUUCUAAUUUACCUAUAGCAACAUUUCAAAUGUAUUUAAAUACAUAUAAUUUUACAAAAGGAAAUAUAUAUAUAUAAAGAAGAUCCUAUUUUGUAAAGUAUAGAUUUUUAUUUUAUAUGGGUUAUAAAAAAUUCCGGGGCAGAAAUGAAAAACUAAACAGAUUUGUUUUUCUUCCAAUGUAGGCACAUGAGAUAUUUAGUAAUGUUUAUUUUGAAACACAGACCCACAAAUUCUUAAAAUGUGGAACAACUUAUUUCUACAUGUCUCACAGCUUGUCACAUCUCUAAAGUUUAGUAUUUCAAAACCUCCCAAGAGCAUUGAAGCUCUUUAAAUUGCUAGAUCAGAUCAAUUACAGGCCAACAAUAGGGUACUCUUCCCAAUUAAGUAUUCCACAUGGUCUUCCCUCAGCGACCCACUUAGUACAUAGUAUUUGCCAAACCUCAAUCUAAGAUUCUAUUAAGAUGAUUUUCUUUCUUCUGCCUUCCAGUUCUUUCCUCCCCUGUAAACAGUUGAUGCUCAUUCUCAAAGCAUCUUCCCAAACAGCAUUGAAUAAUUAGGUCAUUUGGAUUAGGGAAAUGGAAAAUUAGGGACUGAGCAGAAGUGAUUGAAGAAUGUUCCUUAGAUGUGAUAAGCCAAGAAAAUUAAAUUCCCACUUGGCAGAAAAAAAAAAGAUCUAUGUAAAAAAAUUAAAAGAUCUUUCUAUAUGCUAUAUAACCUCCAGUAGGUGACCAGGAAGAAGUCAUUUACUUCACAGAGGCUUACUUAUCAUUCCCACUUAUCGUUAAUGAGAAGUUCACCAAUAUUGGGAACCUGGCAAGAGCAUUGAAAUAAUAUGGAUGACUCUUUUCCUCCCAUACAAACUUAAACUUUCCUAAAUUCCCAUAGUAAGUCAUCAUCGUGAGUAGACCUUUACUGUCUCCCCAAGAAUACAGAAUAGUGACCAAAAUACUUGGAGUAGCAGAUCCCCCAAGGUUGAAUAGCAAUUGAUUCUCCUAGGUCUCUCCUUGCAGCCUCUUAUAUUGGGGGUAUUAAGGUAAGUGCAUCUUAUGAAGCAACAACAUAUGAGGAAGUGGGCACAGAGAUAGUUCUCUGAGUUCAUAUGUGCAGACCCCAAUUACUUAUUUAUAUCAUCAAGCAGGCUCUCCUUUCCUCCACACCUGUUGAGAAAUUACUGAAGGUCAUAAAAUCUCUAUGGAUACAAAAACUCUAAGUGUGGAGAGGAAGGAAGAAUACUCAUGAAUAUGUAUCCUAAUACAGUUCUUGAUCAAAAUAUAUCAGAAAAAAGGCAAGAUUCCCUGCCUGAUAAUAGUAGCUAAAUAACUGUCUAGUGGGGUGAAAUAGCUAACUCUUGCAUCCUUUCUCCUAUGCUCCAUGCAAGACCUUGCUUUUAUUAUGUAUUUUAAAAAUAUAUGCUUAGGCAUACUUGACUUUUGGAUCCAGCUCUCCUAUUCCCCUAUCAAUGUAUUCAACUGGAGACAUUAGAAGAUAACUCUUUAUAUAUGCCUUUGUGUUUAUUCUCCUGAGGUACAAGAAUGUCAUUCGGAUAUUUGUUCUGCAGCCCAACUUCCUAUUCCUUCCUAUGAAUUGACUUUUCGGAUUCAGCAUAUGAUUAUAUGUUGUGAGCUUUUGUGAAAUGGACCAGCAAUUAAUUGUGAUUUUAUUAGACAAGAGCUCUAACCAGCCCAUCCUUCUUGAAGAAGACAAUGAAGCUCAAUAUCCUGAUCUCUUCCCUCUGUAGCCUGAGAUGCUCAUCCCUUCUGGUGCCAUCUGUUAACUCAGAGAAGAUGCCAAUUUCUGUGAUAAGCUAAUGGUAUUCAAAAAUUCAAAUCCUUGCACCUGAAAAUGAAAUUAUGGUCUAGUUUUUACUGAAAGGGUCCCUGCCUACCUAACCCCAAGGAGAGUGUUUCUCCAUAUUUAAGAGUAUUUUUGCUUAACACUGUGCUGCUAAGUCCCCAUCUAUCUAUGACCCAGUGAAUAAGGGCAAGAUCAAAAGCCCAAGUAGAGUAGAUUCAGUGACUUUCAAUUAAAAUAUUUUAAAGUUUGUCUACAUUCCCCCGGUAAAGAGAAAACAAGACUCUCUGAGAGUUAGCCCAGGUUCCCUUUGCCAAAUCCUACAUAUGUGAGACUGUUCUUUAUAACCCUUGGAAAGUUUUGGUUUUAGCUUUAAAUAGAAUCAACAUGGCCAUUUUUGUUUCUGAAGCAAUAUUGUGUUUCUUUCUUUCUUUAAAAUACUUGAAAAAAGUGCAGUGCGUUUUUAUUUUAUCUGAAAUGUAGAAACGGUACUGACUUUGUGUAAUGUCAUAAGAAUGUGAAGAAAGCAAGAAAAGGAAACAAAUUGUGUCUAUAAUUGUGUUGCCUUUUAUUCUAUUGAUAGUCCCGUCUUGUCACCUCAGAUUGAGGCUGUGCACUUUAGAUUUAAACUGUACAGUGUUGCAAAUCAACAUGUGUUGCUGUUUAAGCUUGUACAAUAUAUUAUGGAUAUGUCACUUUAUGUGUGGUAGCUGUAUUGAAUCUUGAUAUUGUAAGAACUACAUCCAUAUUUGUCCCUGUAUUAUCUCUUUGCUCAGUUGUCUGCCCUUCAUAUCAGCUCUAAUGCAGAACAUGCCCUUGCUGCUAACCCCCUUCCUGGGAGAUCCACUAUGACAAGAGUGGCGUGUUUUAAUGAAAAUCAAAGUAAGAGUCCCACUUUGUCUAGGAGGAUAGAAAAAAAACCCACAUUUACAGCAGUGUCCCUGACCUGCUGGAGUCAUUGAUAAUCCAUCUGCAGGGUAAAUAGAAUACAUUCUAUUUCUUAGACCAAGAGCAAAGGGCUUGGGUGAAGACAUAGUACUUGGAGAAGGAAGAGGGGGAUAAAUAACUUGGUUUCAUCUUGCACGUGCACUUCUGUUUUUCAAUGCUAUGUACAAACACUGUAUAUUUAUAAGUUAUGUGUGCCACAACACAGGACACAUCAGGUCUUUCAGGAGGUCAUGGGUAUUUUCCCUCACUACUUCAUUUCCUGCAGCCAGAAAAAAGACUUACAAGUCAGCCUGUUCUUCUGACCAAAUAGAAACUUGUGUUUGAUCAAAGUAUUUUAUCUGUGUUGUCUCUUGAAACCCAAAUAAAAGCAGAAAAUGUGU